UUUGCAUACUGCAGACUGGCUAGUAGUACGUAGCUAGCCAUAGCUACCGGCGGAGAUGCUUGAUCAUGAUGUUCUUGCUCAUAAAUCUGCCUCUAAAGGUGUUUGUGAUCAUCUAUACCGUCCUAGUGUUAAUCAUGUUCCAAGCCAUCCACUUCUCCAACAACAAUAAUGUUGUAAUGGCCAUGAUGUCCGCCGGCGAGCACUGCAGCUUCUUCCCCGAUGAAAGAGAUGCCCUUUUGCAACUGAGAGAUUCCGCGUCGAUGAUGAACUCUACUACUUGUACUUCCAAUUAUCUACAUGCAAAUUGGACGGGACCCCCUUGCUACAAGAACCAGAGCAGAUGGGCUGGGAUUGCUUGCUUCAAUUGUCACGUCACCCACCUCGUCCUCGAAGGCAUUCAGCUCACCGGAUCCCUCCCCCCAUCCUCCUCCUUCCUUCACAACCUUACAUUCUUGAGCAAACUUAGCUUCCGAAACAACUCCAUCUACGGCCCUCUCCCCAAUCUCACCAAUCUUGUCCACUUACAAUUCCUCUUCCUCUCCUACAACCUCUUCUCAGGUCUCAUCCCCUUGCACUACAUUGACUUGCCCCAGUUAAGAAAACUAGAGCUUCAAAACAAUUCUCUUCAAGGAUCCAUCCCACCAUUUGACCAGCCAUCCCUCACGGCUUUCAAUGUCUCCUGCAAUCAUCUUGAGGGCUCAAUACCCCCAACCCAUGUCCUCCAAAGCUUCCCGGAGAGCUCCUACGAUCAUAACUCUGAUCUGUGCGGCCAACCAUUGUCAAUUCCCUGUCCGCCGCCGCCGGUUCCGCCACCUCCAGCAGGUGCCUUGGCUCCUUCGCCCAUUCCCAUUCCAUCCAAGGAAAGAAGAAAAAGGCAACUUCAAGUGUGGGGUAUUGCUUUGAUUGCAGCUGCCUUUGCGCUGAUUCCUUUCUCGAUCGUGCUGGUCUUGGUGUGCUAUUAUUAUCAUAAGAGAUCAGACUCGCAUGCCAAAGAAGCAAAAGAAGAUCUCGAUGAUCAUCGGGGAAAAGUUUCUGAGGGAGCCCACUGGAAAAUGCAUUGGUGGAGGGCUAUCAAUGAUUCAGAGAGGAGCACAAGUAGUAGUGUAGGAUUAGACUAUUGCAUUGGUGACAAGGAAAGGCCUGUGUUUGACUUGGAUGAAUUACUGAGGGCUUCAGCUGAAAUGAUGGGGAAGGGGAAACUGGGGACUACAUACAAGGCGGUGAUGGAAUCAGGAGGUGUCGUUGCCGUGAAGAGACUCAUGAUCAAAGAGAUGAAUGCAUUAAGCCGGAAGGAAUUUGUACAGAAGAUGCAGUUGCUAGGCAACACGAGGCAUGAAAACCUUGUGGAGAUUAUAUGUUUCUAUCAUUCCAAGGAGGAGCAAUUGGUCGUCUAUGAAUUCGUUCCCGAUGGAAAUCUGUUUGAGCUUUUACAUGCGAACAGAGGAGUUGGCAGAGUGCCUUUGAACUGGAGAGCAAGACUGUCCAUUAUCAAAGGAGCUGCCAAAGGUCUGGCUUUCCUUCAUCAUCAGUCCCUGCGGCAGCAGCAGCCUAAUUCUCGCAGAGCGUCACAUGGCAACCUUAAAUCUUCAAACGUUCUCAUACAGCGCGACGUCGACACACAAAACUACCGCUCGAAGCUGGGAGAUUUUGGCUACUUACAGCUGCUGCCAUCUCGAAAAUCUUGGGAAAAGCUGGCCGUUGGGAGAUCUCCCGAAUUCUCUCAGGGCAAGAAGCUGACCCACAAAGCCGACGUCUACUGCUUUGGCAUUAUUGUCUUGGAGGUGAUAACUGGAAGGAUCCCUGGUGAAAUCUCAUCAUCAAUCAGGGGAAACGAGGACACAGUAGAUGAUGAUCUUUCAGAAUGGGUGAGAAGCGUUGUGAACAAUGAUUGGUCAGCGGAUAUAUUGGACCUGGAAAUAGUUUCAGUUUCGGCAAGAGAGGAACACGAUGAGAUUAUGAGACUCACCCAGAUAGCUCUCGAGUGCACAGAUAUGAUGCCAGAGAAGCGGCCCAAUAUGGCCCAAGUGGUGGCCAGGAUAGAAGAACUGGAGCAUUCACAUGUACAGAAAAUGUAAUUACUCCACUCGAAUCCCGACUCUUGAGAGGGGGGGAGGAUGCGCGCUCAUAUUUAUAAUUGCUGUUGAUUAACGUAUGUAGACAUGAUGAAGGGGGCGUAUUUAUGUAUCA